AUGGCCUGCACCCUCCCCUUCGGAGUCCUCCUACUUACAGUCCUUGCAGCCCCCUCCCAAAGCAGCCGUCAGGGCCCAGCAUCUCGCUUGCGUUAUUCCAGGUUUCUAGAUUCUUCCAAUGCCGUUUUCCUGCGCUGGGACUUUGACCUUGAGGCUGAGAUAAUUACCUUUGAGCUCCAGGUCCAGACAGCUGGCUGGGUGGGCUUGGGCAUCACGGACCGCUACACCACCGUGGGCAGCGAUCUGGUUGUUGGAGGCGUCUUGCCGGAGGGCAAUGUCUAUUUCUCCGAUCAGCACCUGGUGGAUGAAGACACCCUGGAGAAGGACGGCAGUCAGGAUGCUGAGCUGCUGGGGCUCACGGAAGAUGCCGUCUACACCACCAUGCGCUUCUCCAGGCCCUUCCGCUCCUGUGACCCUCACGACCAGGACAUUACGAGCGACACCAUGAAAGUGCUGGCCGCCUACGGCCUGGACGACACGCCGAAGCUGGAUCGGGAGCGCACGUUCAUCAAGUCCAUCUUCCUGCUACAAAUAUUCCACCCGGAUGACCUUGACGUCCCCGAGAACACCAUCAUCCAUGACUUGGAGCUCACGGAUUUCCUCAUCCCUGAGGAUGACACCACAUACGCCUGCACCUUCCUUCCUCUCCCCAUUGUCAGCCAGAAGCACCACAUCUACAAGUUUGAGCCCAAGCUGAUGGAGCACAACCAGACCAUGGUACACCACAUCCUCUUGUAUGCCUGCGGCAACGCCAGCGCUCUGCCCACCGGCAUCAGCGACUGCUACGGGGCGGACCCCGCCUUCUCCCUCUGCUCCCAGGUCGUCGUGGGCUGGGCUGUCGGGGGCACAAGUUACCAGUUCCCGGAUGACGUGGGCAUCUCCAUUGGGACGCCCUUGGACCCCCAGUGGGUCCGCCUGGAGAUUCACUACAGCAAUUUUCACAAUCUUCCUGGUGUGUAUGACUCCUCCGGCAUUCGGAUGUACUACUCGGCACAGCUGCGCAAACACGACAUGGGAGUCCUGCAGCUGGGCUUCCUCACAUUCCCCAUCCACUUCAUCCCCCCGGGCACUGAGUCCUUCCUGUCCUACGGGCUGUGUAAGACAGAGAAGUUCGAAGAGAUGAAUGGGGGCCCGGUGCCUGACAUACAGGUGUUUGGCUACCUGCUCCACACCCACCUGGCUGGGCGGGCUCUGCAGGCCGUGCAGUACAGAAAUGGAACACAACUCCGAACAAUCUGUAAAGACACUUCCUACGACUUCAACCUGCAGGAGACUCGAGAUUUACCUCAUCGGGUGGAGAUCAAGCCGGGAGAUGAACUACUGGUGGAGUGUCGCUACCAGACACUGGACCGAGACUCCCUGACUUUUGGUGGUGCCAGCACUAUCAAUGAGAUGUGCCUCAUCUUCCUCUUCUACUACCCCCGGAACAACAUCUCCAGCUGCAUGGGAUACCCUGACAUCAUCUCUGUGGCCCACGAGCUGGGGGAGGAGGUGUCAGAUUCCAUGGAGGCCGUGAUGGCCAUGAACAAUGUGGAGUGGACCCCGGAGAACAUCAGAACGGCUGAGAAAGCCUGCAAGGAGGCACAGCAGAUGGUGAUAAUAAAGACCAUUGAUGAGACAGUGGAAAACACAACAGGCCAGAUCCCGGAGAUUAUCCCCACACCUCGGGGGCCCUGCUUGGAGUCAUGGGGGGGCAAAGUGGAGCCCCAGGACCAGACCCCUGCAGGCUUCAAGGCCGCUGCUCCCAUACCCCUCUCAGCCUCAGGCACAGCCUCCCUGAGCCUCCUCCCCCUCGCUGCCCUCUUGUUUGGGCAGGGGGCCUUCUCUUGGCUCCUCGCCACCCUGCAGGCUGCAGUCUGACAGUGUCUCCUCCUGUCCAACCUUGAAGCCACUCUCUGCUCAACCCUCCCCUGGCCAUCAAACACAGAAACUCCCCUCUGCUUUGGUUCCCUGAAGUCCCCCAUCUGUGUCCCUU